AACGAACAACAAUGGCCAAAGAUGUGUCAACUUUGCAGCUUCCAGAGGAAUGGUAGUCCGAAGUACAUUCUUUCCCCGCAAGGACAUCCACAAAGCCACUUGUCAAUCACCUGACCAACAAACAACGAGCCAAAUUGACCAUGUGCUCAUCGAAGGACGAUUUUUUCUCGGACAUCACCAACAUACGCACCUAUCGAGGUGCGGACAUUGAAUCGGACCACUACUUAGUGGCGGUUUGUAUGCGCGCAAAACUGUCGACUGUCCACCAGUCACGACAGAGCCGAUCCCCGCGGCUCAACAUCAAGCAGCCACGGGACCCGCAAGCUGCCGAAGUCUACGCGCAACAGCUUGAAGCGGCACUUCCCACGGCUGAGGAGCUCGGCGCAGCUUCUCUCGAGGAUGGCUGGACCAUGAUCCGCACGGCCAUCAGGGAAUCCGCGACAACGACAUUAGGAACAGAGGCGCCGAGUGGUAGAAACGACUAGUAUGAUGGGGAAUGCCAGGCAGCGGUGACAGAGAAAGACCGGGCCUUGGUAAAUUACCUGAGGGUAAGGACAAGAGAGAACCUGGCCAAGUACAGGCGGGCAAGGAACGACAUGACCACGAUCCUGAGACUUAAAAAGCGCCAGCAAUAGGAUAGUGACCAUGAAGAGCUAGAAGAGCUGUUCACUGCUAAUGAGACGCGAAAGUUCUACGAAAAGGUUAACCAAUCCCGUAAAGGCUAUGUGCCGCGAGCCGACUUUUGCAAAGAUAUGGAAGGUAACCUCAUCACGAACGAUAGCGAGGUGGUCGACAGGUGGAAGCAGCACUUCGAUUAACAUCUGAAUGGCGAUGCAACAAACAGAAGUGGAACUGAAACGGGCCCUGCCAGCAGUAGAUGACCGGGUAUUAGCCCUCGACCUCCACGAAAUUCAGCGGGGGCUGGGAGGCUGAAGAACAACAAAGCCACCGGCAAAGACGGCCUGCCGGACGAGCUCUACAAACAUGGUAAUGUAACGCUUGCUAGAGCACUACACUGGGUCAUUUCCAAGAUCUGGGAAGAGGAAAAACUGCCGGAAGAGUGGAUGGAGGGAGUCGUCUGCCCCAUCUAUAAGAAGGGCGACAAGCUGGAGUGCUGCAAAUAUCGUGGCAUUACACUUAUCAACGCUGCAUAUAAAAUACUCUCCCAAGUUCUAUUCCAACGUCUAACACCUUUAACAAGGAGGUGCGUGGGGCAGUACCAGGCGGGUUUCAAUCCGACAGAUUUUGCAAAAAUGUCGUGAGUACAACGUGUCCACGCAUCACAUUUUUAUCGACUUUAAGACAGCCUAUGAUACAGUUGAUCGAGGACAGCUAUGGCAGAUCAUGCACGAGAACGAGGAUAUCUUCCCGGAUAAACUGACGCGGCUGAUCAAGGCUACCAUGAACCGUGUAAUGUGUUACGUGCGUGUCUCGGGGAUGCGCUCGAGUUCCUUCGAGUCAUGCCGAGGAUUGAGACAAGGUGAUAGACUCUCUUGUUUGCUUUUUAACACCACCCUCGAAGGUGUUAUACGAAGAGCGGACAUCGACACGAGUGGUACGAUUUUCACGAGACGGGUUCAGCCUCAAGGCUUCGCUGAUGACUUUGACAUCAUAGCACUAAACUUUGCGACGGUGGAGUAAACCUACACCAGACUAAAAGCGGAAGCUAAGCGUAUUGGACUGCUAAUCCUUGCAUCGAAAACUAAGUAUAUGAAGGGAAGAGGCUCCAAGGAGAACAAUGUCAGCCUCCCACCCCGGAUCACCGUAGACGGCGAUGAGCUUGAGGUGGUAGACGAGUUUGUGUACUUAGGAUCGCUGGGGACCGCUGACAACAACACCAGCAAGGAGAUCCGGAGACGCAUUCAAGCGGGAAAUCGUGCCUACUUUGCACUUCGUAAGACAAUGAGAUCCGAGUGCGCCGCCGUACAAAGUUGAAGCUGUACAAAACACUAUUUAGACCGGUAGUCCUCUAUAGGCUAGAGACGACAACAAUGCUCUCACAGGAUCUCAACGCUCUUGGAGUUUUCAAACGGAAGGCGCUGCGAACCAUCUACGGUGGAGUACAGACUUAAGACGGAGAAUGGCGUAGACGCAUGAACCACGCUGCACGCGUUGUUAGGAGAGACCCCCAUUGCACAUCUGAUCAAAGUUAACAGAUUGCGAUGGGCCGGACACAUCGCAAGGAUGCCGGACAACAACCAGGUUAAAACGACCCUUUUCAGUAACCCCUCCGGCACCAGAAAUAGAGGAGCACAGCGUACACGAUGGCUUGAUCAGAUUAAAAGUGACCUAUGGGUGAUAAGACACCUGGGAGCAUGGCGCCAUACAGCCCAGAACCAAGUGGAAGUAGAGUAUACAAACUGUUUCUGUGUUUUAUUGAUGUUACUACAACAACGAAUUGUUUCAAAAGCAUACAUGUUUAAUACAAUAGCUUCCGGACGUUGGUAUAUUACCAACUCCUCUUGACUUUGGGUUGACUCAGCCAUGACUUUGAAUAUGUAUGAACCAAUUCCAAAAUAAUUUUCCUAGAGUCAAUGUUCUGCCAAAAAUUAGUAGUUAGUUAGUAGUAUGAUCCUUAGGUAUGUUAUUUAAAUAAUGCAUACAUAGUUUUCCAAUAUUCAUUUAAUUUAUCAGAUAAAAUGCGUUAAAUGCUCCCGGGUGGGCCAAAAUACCCCCGUUACCCUAUUCCCCUUUUUUUUCAUUUUCCUCGUGUUAUCGUAUUGACCUCGAAAGAUCUGCCCCACUACAGUACCUAUAGUAUCCUUGCUGCAAGAGAUGGCCGAACCAAAUAUCGUUGAAAUAAAUGGUUACAUUUCGGUUUUUCUUCUGAGUGUUCCAUAAAUAUUCGUAGGGUAUCGAACGUCUUCGUCAGUGGUUUUCUUCGGCAGGUUUUUUCAUAAGAUUGCGGCAGAAAAGCUGCCGAAGAAAAUGAUGUACACACUUGUGAAAAAAAAAAGGAAAAAGGAAAAUUUUUGGCCAGUUUUAAAUAAAGUGCACAACAUUCCAACGGAAUUAGGUUUACUAUAAAAAAACUUGAUGCUUUUUUUCAAACAUUCUCUUUCGUGGGAGAUAAAGGAGGAUCUUUAAUCUGGGAUAAUUUCGUACUGACUGCGGCUCACUGCACGCUUGAUAAGUAUGGUUUCGUUUCGAAUCAAUACUCACCGCACAGACUGAUUUCAGGUUAAUUCCAGUGAAACUGCUCCAGAUGUGGUUCGCCUCGGGGAUAUUAACAUCUUCAGUGAUAAGGAUGACCAAUUUGCUCAACAGCUGAAGAUUGAUCUACUUCACUUACUAUUUCCCUCUUACCCCUGAUGUACACACUUGUGAAAAAAAAAGGAAAAAGGAAAAUUUUUGGCCAGUUUUAAAUAAAGUGCACAACAUUCCAACGGAAUUAGGUUUACUAUAAAAAAACUUGAUGCUUUUUUUCAAACAUUCUCUUUCGUGGGAGAUAAAGGACUCUUUACCCUCACCCUUUGACUGGUAGGAGUCACGUGAUGCGUUAAUUAAAUCGCAAAUACAGAUUUCAAAAUGAAAUUUGGAGUUGACUCCUGGCCUCUGAGCAUCAUCCCGGUUCCAGGAAAACUCACACUAUCUCGAAAUUUAAAAUGGCGUCGGAAUUUGAUCUCUGGUGUCUGAAUAUACUACCUCCGCAAUACUCAUCAUGAAUGAUAUUUGGUCACUACAGGCUGUUUUUUAGAAACUGAAUGUCGUCAUCUUCGCCAUUUGAAUAAGGCAACCAGAAGUACCCGAUCAGAAAGAAAAAACAAAAAUGUAACAGAAGUUGUUAGUUUGUUACGGGAAAAACCUUACAGGCUGUGUUUUCAAUUUGAUCCCGUUAGGUGUUAAAAUAACAGAAAUUAUAACAGAAAUGAUUCUACUAGUAUCAAACACAUAUCAAAAUUUGUUACUAAUGUAUCAGCUUCCUAACAAAAUAAGACAGUAUAUAGAACAAUAUAAUAACAAACAUCGUUAGAAACAACAGGUUUUGAUCAAAACGAAAAAUUAGUUAGACUUGUUUCAGAACAACUUCAUUUCAGGUUUGUUAUUACAACACAUUCAGAUUCAAUUUUGUUAUCGAAAUUAUAUGGAGAAAUACAAAAUUGUAUCAAAAUAUGUUAUUUGUAUCUCGCGUUGAUAGAAUUUUGUAAUUUUUUAGUUAUUCUCUUCUGAUCGGGUAGUCAUCUGGAUAUUUCGUGUUAUAUAAUUGAAAGAUAUUUAUUUAAAUGAUUUUUACAAGUGUUUGUGUUAAUAUAUGUUCGUAAUUGUGUGAAAGUUUCGAAUAUUCCGUAUAGUUGUGCUGCUGUCUAUCAAAAGUUUGUUAUUUAAGUGAGAAAUAAAUCCAGUAGAAAUUAUAAAUGUGUAUUUUUUCUGAAAAUUUAAGUGUUCGUGUAAAUCUAUUAUAACACAUAAUAAGUUCUACUGAGAAAGGCUAGGUCUCACCGCUAGGUGGAUUAAUUCGUGUUUUCUGUUUAAAAGCAUUAAUAGUUCCCUACCAAUCUUUCUUGGAGAUUAUUCUUAUACAACCGAAAAUUUCGGAGAUGUUCUACAGUCAGGUUUUUUUUUACACGGGGGUACGUACCUCGUAAAAAACGCGUUAUCUCGAAAAUCCGCAUAAAAAACCGAAUUAAUUAUAAAAUCAGCUUAAAAAACACGUCAAUUAAAAAAACCGUAAAGUAAACCAGCAAGAAGGGCUUUUGAAAAAAAAACGAGACGCCUUAGGAUCAGUAUUUAAAAUUGGCCUUUUUUGACGAUUAUUCCGGAUCUUUCGGAGUGCAGAGGGUUUUAUUUUACUAAGUCUUUUACCAAAUAAACACUUAAACGUUUUUGGUCGCAAGCCCGCGUUGAUUCGAAAAUUCACGAAAAGAUUUUUGAAUUAGCGCGGUAUCUUGUUUAAAAACUGCGUAGUUAAAAAAAGCGUGUAAAAACCGCGGUGAUUCGAAAUUCCACGUAGAAAAAUUCGUAAAUAAAUCCGCGUAUAAAAAAACUUGACCGUGCUUUAAAAAAAAGCUAUAAACUGAAAUGCAUACACUAUUUAAAGACAUCACUCUUCAGUCUUAAAACUUUCUCCACCCGUGAAAAAAAGCUUUUUUAAGCCAAAAACGUGAGCAAAAUUUCAUUGAAAACAAGCCAGAUAAUAAUUGGGGAAUAAGCAAACACCGACCGGCAUUCAGGUUUAUGAAUCAUCUAAUCGUCCAGUUUUUACCGAUCAACUUGUUAUUCAAUAUAUUCGAAGGGACAUCUGUGCUUAAAGAGUCAGUAUAACAAACGUCGUCGUGAGCUGCAGACCAACAAUUGGAGUUCUGCCGUCUUGUGUGGUUUUAUAAACCGGUGCGGAUUUUGGUUUUUCAUAUUAUACACAUACAGACAGUAAAGAGUUCCCAGUCGCUAAGAAUGCCGUUUGCAGCGGUUCUAGUAUAUUUAGCUGCAGUGUUUCUCUUGCUGGUUGAUACCGGGCAAGCUCUCUCCCCUAUCGACCCGUUCGAAGAGCGCUCGCAAAUUGUAAUGCUUCCCAAUGAAAGAAUAUCGCUCGAUGAUUGUCACCUGCGUUACUACAAAUACGGUGAAUCUGUUCAGGCUGCACCAGCGUUCGGUGGGCCAACUUACUUGAAAGAGUUUGCUCAUAUGGCGGCUGUUGGUUGGACGCAACCCGACGGAAGCAUCAGUUGGAAAUGUGGAGGAUCUUUAAUCUGGGAUAAUUUCGUACUGACUGCGGCUCACUGCACGCUUGAUAAUGAAACUGCUCCAGAUGUGGUUCGCCUCGGGGAUAUUAACAUCUUCAGUGAUAAGGAUGACCAAUUUGCUCAACAGCUGAAGAUUGCCCAAAUAGUGAGGCAUCCCGAUUAUAGGUUUUUUGUCUCAUACAACGACGUCGCUCUUCUAAAACUGGAGAAAAAUGUCACUUUGCACGAAACAGUUGCGCCAGCAUGCCUCUGGAUUGAUAAAGAGGUUCGUUUCAAAACACUAGAAGCUACCGGAUGGGGAGACACUGGAUUUGCACAAGAACAAACUCCGUCACUGCUAAAAGUAACACUUAAACCAAUUACUAACGAGGAAUGCAGUGAAGUUUACGGCAACACCAACCGGCUGCUGAGAGACGGCCUUAAGGAGACUCAAAUAUGCGCCGGAGACGAUCUUAUGGACACCUGUCCCGGUGACUCCGGAGGACCUCUGCAGAUAAAGCUGCUUCACAACGGAAAAGUAUCUCCAUUUAUCGUAGGCGUCACUACGUUUGGUACCACGUGUGGAACGUCAACCCCGGGAGUCUAUACGAAGGUAUCAGCCUAUUACCAAUGGAUCCUGAAAACAAUACAAAGUAUGGAGAGCAGUGUCCGCGAUUGGAGCCUUGAACCCAUCGGUUGUGCCCUUCGAUACGUUUCGUUGCGGGAAUACGAAGACGACGUGAUAGUCAGCCGUUCCGAGAAGCAUGUUUCUCUUGACUCCACAAAGGCGCACAUGAGUCUUGCCGAAAAAAAUUUACGACAUACGGUCACUGUAGGCUGGCAACAUCGUCGCGCACGGAGAGAAAAUUGCAGUGGAAUACUGAUUGCAGAUGAUACUGUGCUCACUGUGGCCGAAUGUGCGUCACACUUUGACGUUACUCCCUCACACGUGAUCGUUGAUUCGAAUGAAGAAACUUUCUACAUAGGAGAGAUUUAUGUGCAUCCAAAAUACAGCAAAAACUCUCUAUAUAAUAAUAUUGCCGUUUUCAAACUAAAGGACCGAGUGCAGUUUUCCAACCGUGUUAUCCCGGCAUGCAUAUGGCAUUCGCGAGAAAUUCCUGACCCUCAAGUAGAAGUGGCAGGUAUUGGCCGUACUGAUAUAAACGAAUUUCACUUCUACGGAGAACAAGAGUUCAAACCAAUGAAGCGGGCACUGUUGCCCAGAUUAAGCGUGAAUACCCCUCAAAAUUGUUCGAUCGCUAAAGAAAUCCAACAACGCCUGUCGCGGGGCUUAGCCCCUGAGCAUCUUUGUGUCGGAGAUCGUUUGUUUUUGGUGCCCGAAUCUUGCCGACUAUCAUACGGAGGCCCUAUACAGCGAAAAAUCUGGAGGAACGAUCGUAGCUUCACCUACGCUUACGGAUUGAAUGCUUUCGGUAGAGAUUGCGGAUUUGGCGAGGCAGCGGUAGGGACGAGGUUAGUCAGCCACCUGGACUGGCUGCAAUCGAUUCUACUCCCCAACUUUCACGAUGGACAAUCUUCGGUUCAGUUCAUCAAUCCAGAGUGGAAGGAAAACGAUAGAUGUAAUUUUGACCACGGUGACGAAAUGGACGGAAUUUGCACCCACUAUAUGAAAUGUUCGAAAAUAUGGAACGACUUCAAAGCUAAACGACGCGUGAGCUUUUGCAUAUCUGUGCAGGUGGUUUGCUGUCCGCGACAAUUUGUGGAAAAGAAUGUUGAGCUACAAAGAACGAAUGAAUUGGAUACCUGUCGGACUGAUUACCAAAAAUUUCACCCGAAACUAUCCAUCCUAUACCAGGCCAGAGGCCUGCCACAUACGAUUACCAUAAGUUGGAAGGAUUCACGUGCGACACGUUGUUUAGCAUCGCUAAUUACUAAACGCACCGCAAUUACAUCGGCUAGUUGUGCGUUAUCGCUGCCGACUAAACCAUCCUCAGCCAUUCUAGCGAAUAAUAAGUCAAUCGAAAUAAAACAAACUAUUAUUCAUCCAGACUACAAUAGUAACGAAAAUUUAAACAAUAUUGCACUCAUUGAGCUGGCCAAUGAAAUAAGACCAAGUGCUGCAGUAUAUCCAGCCGGUGUCUGGAUAAACAUGACUCACACUCCGUUCGAUCUACUAGUGAUAGAAGCAGGAAACGUCGAACAAACUGAUAAAAAGGUCGUUCCCAUGUACAACUCCGAUUGCCAACGUGAUUAUACACGACGCAUCGCGAUUGAUAACCUGUGCGUCGAGGAUCUCAAGCUGGGCGCCAACAAGACUUGCUAUAACACGGGCGAUCAGUUGAUUUGGACUAGCCUCGAUGAUUAUGCGGUCGACGACUCUGCAGUCACGUUUUACGUAGUUGGUUUUUACAGCUUCGGUGAGAUGUGUCGAGAAGCUUAUCCUGCUGUAUUCACCAGGAUCUCGUCGUAUAUUGAUUGGAUACGGAAGAAUAUCUAAAAGUCAAUUUGACUUAUUCGUUAUGACAGCUUGUGCUGAAUGAGAAGCGCACCAUGAUCCAUGAUUAGUGAUGGGAACUAUUAUUCAAACCAAUUAAGAUAUGUUUGAUAUUAUAUAUUUCAAUAAAUUUUAGUAUAAAUCUAACGACAAUAUAAGUAUAUUCUGUCCAUAAUAACGUACUUUGAGAAUAGAGGUUAAUUAACACAAUGUGCCCUAUUAUGUAGACACAAACAUAUUAAUUCUAAAAACAGGAAUAAAAGGUAUCGGCGAAUAUUCGAUGCACGCACGAGCUAGUUUCCAUAAUCGAUUAUUUUGAUCUAUAAAGUAUAGCUUCGAAACAACAGCGCAUAAACUCAUCAUAACAAAUGCCUUCUUGCAAGAUGUAAGAAAAAAUGGGGAUAUUUCUAACCAGCAGCAUCUAGUAGUGUCCACAUCUACACCUCGUUGAUAGGCUGGCACGUAGCAAAUCUUAUUCGCCAGGACCUGUAGGUGAAAGUCCACUGAUGGAAGCGCUGGUGUAAUAUUCCA